AUGAAGUCCAUCCUCCCCCUCCUAGCACUCACCUCCUCCCUCCCCCUAACCCUCGCCUGGCUCCCAGGCGUCGAAAAGGAAAUCUACUCAAGCACAGGCACCAACAUCUUCAAUGCCUCCGCGACCUCAAACUCCCCCAGCAAGCGCUGGCUCCCAGCAUCCAACAAGAUCCGCGGCGUCAACCUAGGCAGCCACUUCGUGGUCGAGCCCUGGAUGGCCAGCAACGCCUGGAACACUAUGGGCUGCGGCGGGCAGAAGUCCGAAUUCGACUGCGUGAUGGCGCUUGGCCAGGAUACAGCUGAUCAAGUCUUCGCUGACCACUGGGGGUCCUGGAUCACGCAGGACGAUAUUGCCCAGAUGGUCUCGUAUGGUCUUAACACGGUGCGCAUCCCGGUGGGGUACUGGCUUAAGGAAGAUCUUGUGUAUGCGGACUCGGAGCAUUUUCCGCGUGGUGGGAUGAAGUAUCUUGAGGAUGUUUGUGGGUGGGCGAGUGACGCAGGCAUGUACAUUAUUAUUGAUUUGCAUGGGGCGCCGGGGGCGCAGGAGGCUGAGCAGCCGUUUACGGGGCAGUAUGCCCCGACCCCCGGCUUCUACCAGGACUACCAGUACGACCGGGCGCUGGAGUUCCUGGAGUGGAUGACGACCAACAUCCACCAGAACAACAAGUUGCGGAACGUCGGCAUGAUCGAGAUCGUGAACGAGCCUGUGCAGGAUGCAGGGCAGGCCUCCUCGAUGAUCAACAGCUACUACCCCAACGGCUUCACGCGCAUCCGCAACACCGAAUCCUCCCUCGGCAUCACCAGCAACAACUACCUGCACAUCCAAAUGAUGAACGAAAAAUGGGGCUCGGGCGACCCCACCUCUGCACUGAGUGACAACUACUUCGCCGCCUACGACGACCACCGGUACGUGAUAUACGACUCCAGCGUCGCCGUGACCAAGGAUAGCUACAUCGCUGCCUCGUGCGCCGACAACCGCGGCGGCAACUGGCCGACGAUCGUGGGCGAGUGGAGCCUCAGCGUUCCGGAUGAUGUGGAACAUACCGCGGACUGGGAGCCGUCUUCCAACGUGGACUUUUAUAAGCGGUGGUUUGCGGCGCAGGCGAUUGCGUAUGAGAGGCAGGAGGGGUGGGUGUUUUGGGCGUGGAAGGCGGAGUUGGGGGAUUAUCGGUGGUCGUAUAAAGAUGCUGUCGAUGCCGGCGUUAUCCCGACGGACUUGGAUAGUAUCUAUGAUAACUCGCCUUGCUAG